CCGCAUCUUUGUUUCUAAGAGAUAAAAUCGGAAUGAUCAAAAAAUCUUCGUGGAUGGUCCUUACAAUCAAGAAAGGGUAAAGGCUGCCGAAGAAAAGGUUCGGUCUCCUCGAAUCAUCUUUGUAUCAUAUAUACAUAAUACAUUUAUUAAAGUCGUUGUAACAGAGACUUGGGGAACAUUUUCAACGAUCGUUUUGUGAUCUCUGUAUGUGGAUUCUGAUUCUUCCUCAUGUUAUAAAUACCACGCGACUCAAGCAACUAGAGUCUCAAGCAACUCCUCUCAGUCCAUCUUCGCUUUAUUCAAGAAAAUGGACAAGGUUAUGAGAAUGUCGUCCGAAAGAGGGGUAGUUAUAUUCAGCAAGAGCUCGUGUUGUUUGUCCUACGCGGUUCAAGUUCUUUUCCAAGAUCUCGGGGUUAUCCCUAAGAUUCACGAGAUCGAUAAGGACCCUGAAUGCCGAGAGAUCGAGAAGGCACUAAUGAGGCUAGGGUGUUCAAAGCCGGUCCCAGCCGUCUUCAUUGGUGGCAAGCUCGUUGGUUCGACCAAUGAAGUAAUGUCCAUGCACCUUAGCAGCUCGCUUGUUCCCUUAGUGAAGCCAUAUCUAUGUUAAACAACAAAGGUGUCUCCAAGGAUUUAUCAUACUAAUUAAUUAGCUAUCGGAAUGUCAUUCAAUAAGGAAAACAAUUGAGCCAAAUCUUGGUAAUCUGUUUUUUUUUUUGGGUAUUAUUUGGUUGUGUAACUUGGGAAAGUGUACGUAUAAUUGCAAGAUUGUUAUCAUAUAAACUCGGCGGUAAAAACAUUUUA